CAACGUCGCUGGCGACGAGGAGGACGUUACAGAGGAGGAGAACGAGAGCGAUGAGAAGAAGGUUAUCUAUGGCGAUGAAAGUUUGGUAAAGGCAAACGACCGCGUCCGACUGAGAAGUGGGAUGGGUGACGGAAGUCGGGCGUCGGGCGGGAAGCCGGGACAAAACGAGGAUUUGUUGAGUCUGAGACCUCCACCGAUCGUGCAAAAGACGACGCGAUCUAGAGGCAAAUCGGCAAACGGGCCGAGCGGUGACACGAACAUUGGGGGCUCGGCCGGGGAUGAAGAUUUUGAGAAACUGAAAGAGCUCAGCUCAAAGCUGCAAGAUAGUGAUGACGUUACCGACAAGCCGUCAGCGGAGG